AUGAACCUAAAUUAUUCAGAAUUCAAAUUUCCAUGCAUGAAAGGUCACCCUUGGCAUAAGUUUUUUGCAAAUUCUGUACCCCCCGAGGUAAUUGAUCUUGUGUCAACACUACUUCAAUACUCACCUAAUUUGUGUCUUACAUCGUUGGAGGCCUGCUCUCAUCCAUUCUUUGAUGAAUUGAGAGAUCCUAACACAUGUUUGCUUAGUGGCAAACCUCUUCCUCCUUUAUUCAACUUCACAUCUAAAGAGCUUGAAAGCGCUUCUCCUAAACUAGUUCGACGCCUCCUACCCGAGCAUUGAACUAAACUCGGGGUCAAGAAGUUUAGGCCGAGUUUGGUAGAGAGCUUCUUUUCC